AUGGGUGGGGGUGCCAUCGAAACCACUGGUGUAAACGCCAAAUAUGGUCAUCUCAUCAACCCUCGGAGAAAAUGGUACAAUAACAGGCGAUUGAUUACCCUUAACGCCUGGAUCUUUUUACUCCUCAUCACCUCUUCAACCAUCGGUUACGAUGGAAGUAUGAUGAAUGCUCUUCAAUCUACUCCCCAGUGGAAAAAUUACUUCAAUAAUCCCACUGGUGGAAAGCUCGGUCUCCUCAACGCCAUACAGAGUAUCGGAGUUUUGGCUGGGCUUCCGUUCGCUCCAUAUGUAUCUGAUGGCCUCGGACGUCGUUCAGCUAUCUUUUUUGGUGCGGUGAUUAUGUGCAUUGCAACGGCUAUACAAACGGCCUCUCAAUCCAUUUGGAUGUUCAUCGGUGCUCGCUUCUUAAUUGGUUUUGGGCUUAACUUCGCCGCCAAUGCCGCACCCAUGUUGAUCACUGAAAUUUCAUAUCCCACAUACCGUGCCCCCUUGACGUCAAUGUACAACUCUCUGUGGUACUCCGGAGCUAUUGUUGCCGCCUGGACAACCUUUGGAACGUUGAAGAUUGACAACAGCACAUUGGCGUGGCGUAUCCCCUCUGCUCUCCAAGCCCUGCCAUCGGUUGCCCAGGUUCUUUUAAUCUGGUUUGCUCCCGAGUCCCCUCGGUGGUUGAUCAGCAAAGGAAGGAAUGAACAAGCUCUCAAGACCCUUGCCUAUUACCAUGCUGACGGCGAUGAGGAUGACUGUUUCGUCAAGUAUGAGUUCGAGGAAAUCAAGGCCGCACUUGACUUGGAUCGUACAGUUGCCGUUGGAUGGAUGACACUCUUCUCCACUGCCGGGAACAGAAAGCGCAUGCGCAUCAUCAUCGCCCUUGCCUUCUUCUCGCAAUGGUCUGGCAACGGUCUUGUAUCAUACUAUCUGAACAAGGUUUUCGACACCAUCGGCAUUACGGAUCCAACAAUCCAGUUGCUCAUUAACGGUAUCCUUCAAAUAUGGAACUUGUUCUGGGCUCUUUUGGCAGCCUCAAUGGUCGACAAAAUUGGACGACGAAUCCUCUUUAUGGUCUCCGUCUGCGGCAUGAUCAUCUUCUUCACCCUCCAGACUGCAUGCUCUGCUACGUUUGCGAAAACUCAAGAUCGCGGUGCUGCCCACGCUGUCAUUGCGUUUAUCUUUCUGUUCUAUGCAUCCUAUGACCUGGCAUUCAGUCCACUUAUCAUCUCAUACACGGUCGAGAUUCUGCCAUUCCGUCUCCGUGCUAAAGGCUUCACCGUCUUCGGCUUUGCCAUUUCACUCUCGCUCAUCUUCAACCAAUAUGUCAACCCUAUAGCCCUUGACAAAAUCGGCUGGAAAUACUAUAUCGUCUAUAUCUGCUGGCUUUCUUUCGAAGCUGUUUUCUUGUGGUUCUAUGUCGUCGAGACCAAGAACUGCACCCUAGAAGAGACUGCUGCCCUGUUCGAUGGCGACGGAGACAAGGAUCAGAUAACUCCCACCGUACUGCAAGUCCAAAAGAAGGAUGACAUGUGCGACUCCCUUGAUGAGGAUGAGGUGGUCAAGGCAUAA